AAACUUUUUUUUUUUCCUCCUAUAGUGCAUUUUUUGGUUCAUUAGUGUCGUUCGCCACGCACUUUCUGCAGCACCGCGAGUGCCGCGUUCAAUUGUCAUAAGACUUUAUGAAUACGUUGUCGACCUGCCGGCGGAGCUCCUACAGUGAAAACCACGUGACCCGACCCCUGGCGCGAGGGCGCGCCCCCCUCCCCUCUUGAGUCCAUAACAAACAAGUCGCAGCAGAUAAGGGGGACGGGACGGGACCAGCCCUCCCGUGGGCAGGCUCUUAUUAAAAAAACGUCUCAACGUGACAGUGUUUAUUUCCACGGCGCCGCGGAUCACAUACACACACACACUGACACACACACACACACACACACCUCUCACUGCUCCUCUGUCACUUCACGGGACUGUGCGUAGUUCGAGGACCGUCCGUCAAACUCCGCUUUUCGAGCCCUUCGAGAUUCUGACGCUGAUGGGACGUGGCGAUGGCUUCUACAGCAACAUCAACCACAGGAUCCGACUCGGCGCUCUCCCGCCUGGGGGGCAUUGAGGCCUUGAAGCUGAAGGUGGGGCCCGUGCGGAGGAACCUCUUCGGGCCCGUUGACCACCAGCAGCUGCAGCAGGACUUCCAGAGGCUGCUGUGCAUGAGUGUGGAGGUGGCCAACAAGCGGUGGAACUUCGAUUUCCAGGCCGACGUGCCGGGCGAGGGCACCAACGUCGUGUGGGAGGAGCUCGGGUGCCAGGACGUGCCGGCGUUCUACCGCAGCGGCAGCAGCAAGCUGAGGCCGGUGGCGCGGCCUGCGGUCGAUGUGACGAAGGGUGCAAGGCAGACGUCGUCUUCGUCGGGGGAGGCUUCCCCGACAUCCAGCAGCUCGUCUGGGUCUGGGGAUGAGUACCUGGAGGUAGUGGCCACCAGGGGGUGCUACAGGCUGCAAAAGCCAAGGAAACGUACACAGGCCGCCAUCACAGAUUUCUUCAAGGUGAAGAAGAGGAAGCUCCUGCAUUACAAAGCUUCCUCGCGCCAGUAGAAAAGCAAAACAAGACCCGGUGGAGGACAGGUCGCCCCCUCAUUCCUCCACACGUCACCUCAUGUAUAUAUGUAGCAAUCUGCAACUGACUGUCCACAACCUCAUACAUCGUGGGCUCAAAAAACCUCCUUAGACACCGCAUACCUUUAAUCCUCAGCACAAGGAAGCUACAGUUUUGGUAGUUUAUCAAGCUCAGACUCUUGUGGAUAAUUCUAAAUAUUAUAUCUAUAUAUAUAUCUAUAUAUAUAUAUGCUGUAUAUAUUCUAUAUACUGUUCUCCUCAGCUGACUAUACUGUGAAAUGAUUUUGAAUGCACUAUUUCAGGAACUAACAGAAAACAGGCUGAAGUUGUACGAGGUUAACUUUCUUCGGAUUGUUUUUGACCUCAGCCCUCGAACCUCCUCUCUCCCUCUCGCUAAAAGUCACGAGAGGUUUUUGACUAGACGAGUUACUAUUCCGGGACUCACACGUCACACCCUGCGGCUCCGAAAAGCUCAAGCCGGGGGGGGGGGGGGCCAGGGGUCAAAACCUCACCCGGGGUUCAAAAUUUCUGUCAGCGCGACCGUGAUCUGCGCCGGGUUAAAGGUCGACGGUGGAGGUUUUGGCGAUGAGGCAAUGCAGCCGUGUCCUGUACGAUACUGAUUUCAAUUCCGAGUACACUAAUAUGUGACUAUUUAUUUAUUAUUCACGAUGCAAAGUCAUCGUCUAAAUAAAAGAAAAUUUGAAAAAAAAUUAAGCAAUGUUUAAAACGAGGUGUUUGCGGAAACCUGUGCCAUUGCCCCCCAAAUUAUGCCUAAAGGCUUAAAGUCAUUGUGGCUCAUGAAACACUCUACCGUUGCCGCUUAAAAAAUAUUUAACAUAUAUAUUUGACACCAUCACAACAUAGCAAAAAAUUUACAAAGUGCAAACUAUAUUUUCUCUUUGCUUUGUAUUAUUUACAUAAUGGGGUUUUAAAAAAAAUCUAAUUUUUUUUGGCUACACACCAGAACGUACCUUAUUUAGUUGUAUGUUUUUUUGUUUUGUUUUUCAGCUUUAUGCUUUUAACAAUGUAGCAUUCUCUACUCUUUGUAGGUUUUGAAUGCACCUCUUUUCUCCAUGAAGGGAAUGUUUCGGUUCUAGUUUCUGGUUUCUUCUUUCAAUAUAUGAACAGCUGAGCUGCGUCACGUUUUUCUAUCGCCGGGAAAGUGUUUUCAUUGUGUCAUAUAUGCAUAUGAGUGUUUGUGUGUGUGCUUGUGAGUGUGCGAAUGAGUCGGUGUGGUUUUAUCUCAAGGUUUUUUUCACCAGUUGUGGCAGCUGAGGCAGUUUAACUGAAGAGAAAAAUCGUUGUGCCAUUCAAUUAGGAAAAUACGUCAUCUACACGACUCGCUUACCGUUUGAGUCAUCAGUUACGGGUCAUGUGAAAACACAAAAUCUUUGUGAUAUAAAAAAACAACCUGAUUUUCUAGAUUAAAGUGGUUCAUAAAUGCUAAACCUUCAAGAUAGGAUGGGCCCACUUUUCUCUACCCUACCUAAAGCCGUACUCUUAAGUAUCCCACUCUUACUACCUCAUCAAGUGAUCCAGUUUAAAAGAAAAAUAAUUAAAAAAUAAAACGUAACCAAUGUAGCUCAGGUUGUUUUGCGUCUUCAGGCACGAAAAAGAGAGAGAGAGAAGCGACGACUGUGUUGUGGUAGAAGCUGUGGCGGGCCGGGCCAGCGCUCAAAUGUAGUUUCACAUGAGGUAAAAGAGUCAGUGUGUCAGAGCGGGGGCCCCGCUCCGUGCAGAGGAAACUCUGGUCCCUCUAGGUGAGGGAAGUGUGUGUGUGUGUGGGGGGGGGGCUUGAGCUCUGUCAUUGCCUCACUUUGCUUUGACAGCUUCUGAGAGCAGAGGAAUAGUGGUGUGAGGAGGGGGGAGGAACAAACUUCGCAUAGAGAAAACGUCUGAGACUCUGGACGUCUGGAUCACGGCAUUUCUCCACAUCCAGACAAGUGGCCUUUGACUUAAGACGAGCGUUUGUUGCCCCCCCCUCCCUCCCUGAAAGUCGCACAGCCUCUCUUUCAUGAACCAACCGCCUCAGUCGCCUGCCAAAAAAAAUGCAGUUGUUCAUUAUCAUGUUUUCUUUUUCUCCCCUUGGCUCUACUUCGCAGAUUUAAAAUAUAGCACACGUGGCUAUUUAGCAUCAUUUCGUGCUCGUCAUGAUCAUUUUUUUUUCCUUUGUUUGUCAACUCAUCUACGUGUGUGAGGCAGUGUUUGUGUGCACCCUUCUUCUCUAGCUUGUCAAUGGCAAAACGUUCAAAGUCUAUAUUAACUUAUUAUCUUUUUUUUGUAAGGGAAACAAAUUCCAGAUUCCCCGUUUCGUUCCGUGCUACAACUAACUACUUGUGUUAUUUCGGAAACUAUAUUUUUGCACUACUUUACUACUACAUUGUUGACAAGAGAAAUAUUUUUUUUACGGUAAUCUUUAAAAAACAAACAAACAAAAAAAAACACACCAUACAAAUCCUCAGCUGAGGCACAGAUUAGGAAUUCCUCGACAACCACACACUGUUGGACCGUUGGACUGUGCCCAAGUGACCUUUUGCUUUGAAUUUCUAAUUCACCUGUUGCAGCUAAAUCAAAAUGUAGUUUUCCCUCGAUUAUUUUGUAUAUGCAUGAAUGUACAAUAAUCUCUGUAAACCAUCCGUAAUAAUUGCAUUGUAAUUUAAUGCUGAUCGACGUAUCCUUGCAGCGUGUAAGAAGUGUAUUUGUAUGGGAUCAGUCGUACCCCGUUUUUCGAUAGUAAUAUUUGUAUAGAAAACGUUCGAGAGAUUUCCGUUAAUGGUUUGUUGGUGCACUGUUGCCUUUUUGUAAUGUUGAUUUCAUACAGUGUGCUGAAAAUAAUAAAAAUUUUAAUGAACGAUAAAUGAUCGAAACCA